AUGAUUACGCCAACCGAAUUGACAAAAGUGUCUUUGAUGGCAGUAAAACCAUGCCAAGACCCUCGUAAUUUCUCCGAGUCGAAUUUCAGACGAAUCCAGCUGGUACAGAAAAGCCAAUAUGUACCAAUUCACAUACUCACCUGUCAAGUGACUGUCCAACAACUAAUUGACCAUUGCGGCAUGCAUAGUCAUCGCAGUACCGUAGCCGAAGGCCUUGGAAAAUAUAUUCAGCAUAUAGAACUACAACAAUGUCUGAAGGCUCACCGAUUCCGUCAGUUAGAUCUCAAAGGAAUGGGAGCUGGUGUUAUUUCCAAAGUUUUUCUGAAUGGAACCACAGAAGUUUCAGCAACUCUUUUUUUUGCCGACGCCAAUUGUCGAUGCGAAGAUGUAAGAUUCGCCGUGGGUUCCAAUAUGCUAAUGUGGUGGUUACUGCAGCAAUAUCCAUUAAACUCCAAGAUUAUGUUACGGUCGCCGAUGUCGAACGAAAUCUAG